AUAUGUAUUAGGAGUCAUCACCUACAUCCUGCUGAGUGGAGCGUCUCCCUUCCUGGGAGAGACUAAACAGGACACGCUGGCCAACAUCUCCGCCAUGAACUACGAGUUUGACGAGGAGUUCUUCUGUAGAACCAGUGAACUGGCCAAAAGCUUCAUACGGCAGCUACUGGAGAGAGACAAGAUGAAGAGGUUAACUAUUCAAGAUGCCCUCAACCAUCCCUGGAUCAAGUCUAAUGAGUACAAGGAGGAGACUCCCAUCACCAAGACCCCGGACCAGACCAAGACCCCGGACCAGACCAAGACCCCGGACCAGACCAAGACCCCUAAGAAGCGCGAGCGCCGUCAGCUAAAGACCAAACGUCUCAAGGAGUACACCAUGAAGUCCCAUUCCUCCAUGCCCCCCAACAACACCUACGUCAACUUCGAACGCUUCGUCCAGGUAGUGGAGGACAUCAGCCGGAUGGAGGGCUCCUUCACUGGGCUAGCCUCGGCCCACGACUCCCUGCAGGAGGACAUCGACGCCUUGGUCUCCGUCUACAACCACAAGGAGUCCUGGUACAAGGAGGAGAGCGAGGGGGUCCGUCACCAGCUGUCUCAGAUCCGCUACGAGUUCCGUAAAGUGGAGGCGAUGAAGAGGAGCCUGCAGGAUGAGAUGAAGGUGGUGGACGUCAGCGUCAGUGACGUUAGCGCCCGCUACCAGGAGAGGAAGAGACACUUUGACGCCCUGAGACAGGAGCUGAGCGACGAGCUGAAGUGGGUGCAGGAGGUGGUGGGGUCGUUAGGGGUCACGGGCGGGGUCGCGGACGGGGUCGGAGGAGGAGGGGGCUACCUCAGCUGUAACUUCUCCACUGUGUUUAAUAAUGACGUGAAUGAAGCACUGAAGGAAAUGCUGAACAGAAGCUGUGGAGGAGAUCUGCUGUCUGGGAUCAGCCUGAACCUCACUGAGUCUGGACUGAAGAGAUAGCAUAGCAUAGUAUAGUACAGUAGAGUAUCAACCUGGACCUGACUGUGUCGGUAUAAUAUAGUAUAGUAUAGUACAGUAUAGUAGUAUAGUAUAGUAUAGUAGAGUAUCUUAUAGUAGUAGAGUAUCGUAGAGUAUAGUAUAGUAGUAUAGUAGAGUAUCAACCUGAGACUGGACAGUAUAUUAUAGUACAGUAUAGUACAAUAUGGUAUAGUAUAGUACAGUAUGGUAUAGUACAGUAUAGUAUAGUAGUAGAGUAUAGUAUAGUAGUAGAGUAUAGUAUAGUAGUACAGUAGAGUAUCCACAUGGACCUGACUGUGUCUGGACAGUAGAGUAGAGUAUAGUAUAGUAGUAGAGUAUAGUAUAGUAGUACAGUAGAGUAUCCACAUGGACCUGACUGUGUCUGGACAGUACAGUAGAGUACAGUAUAGUACAAUAGAGUAUCAACCUGGACCUGACUCAGUCUGGAUGGGAUAGUAUAGUACAGUAUAGUAUAGUACAGUAUGGUAUAGUACAGUAUAGUAUAGUAGUAGAGUAUAGUAUAGUAGUACAGUAGAGUAUCCACAUGGACCUGACUGUGUCUGGACAGUACAGUAGAGUACAGUAUAGUACAAUAGAGUAUCAACCUGGACCUGACUCAGUCUGGAUAGGAUAGUAUCGUACAGUAUAGUAUAGUACAGUAUGUUAUAGUACAGUAUAGUAUAGUAUAGUAGAGUAUAGUAUAGUAUAGUAUAGUAGUACAGUAUAGUACAAUAGAGUAUCGACCUGGACCUGACUGUGUCUGGAUAGGAUAGUAUAGUAUAGUAUAGUACAGUAUGGUAUAGUAUAGUAUAGUAUAGUAUAGUAUAGUAUAGUAUAGUAUAGUAUAGUAUAGUAGUACAGUAGAGUAUCAACCUGGACCUGACUCAGUCUGGAUAGGAUAGUAUAGUAUAGUAUAGUACAGUAUGGUAUAGUAUAGUAUAGUAUAGUAGUACAGUAGAGUAUCAACCUGGACCUGACUCAGUCUGGAUAGGAUAGUAUAGUAUAGUAUAGUACAGUAUGGUAUAGUAUAGUAUAGUAUAGUAGUACAGUAGAGUAUCAACCUGGACCUGACUCAGUCUGGAUAGGAUAGUAUAGUACAGUAUAGUAUAGUACAGUAUGUUAUAGUACAGUAUAUUAUAGUAGUAGAGUAUAGUAUAGUAGUACAGUAGAGUAUCAACCUGGACCUGACUCAGUCUGGAUAGGAUAGUAUUGUACAGUAUAGUAUAGUACAGUAUGUUAUAGUACAGUAUAGUAUAGUAUAACAUGGUAUAGUGUAGCAUAGCAUGGAAUGGUAUAGCAUAGUAUAGCAUGGUAUAGUAUAGCAUGGUAUAGUAUAGCAUGGUAUAGUAAUAGUAUAGUACAAUAGAGUAUCAACCUGGACCUGACUGAGUCUGGACAGUAGAGAUAACAGCAGUUACAGUAGAGUAUCAACCUGGACCUGACUGAGUCUGGACAGUAGAGUAGAGUCCUAACCUGGACCUGACUGAGUCUGGACAGUAGAGUACCAACCUGGACCUGACUGAGUCUGGACAGUAGAGUAGAGUACCAACCUGGACCUGACUGAGUCUGGACAGUAGAGAUAACAGCAGAUACAGUAGAGUAUCAACCUGGACCUGACUGAGUCUGGACAGUAGAGAUAACAGCAGAUACAGUAGAGUAUCAACCUGGACCUGACUGAGUCUGGACAGUAGAGUAGAGUACCAACCUGGACCUGACUGAGUCUGGACAGUAGAGUACCAACCUGGACCUGACUGAGUCUGGACAGUAGAGAUAACAGCAGAUACAGUAGAGUACCAACCUGGACCUGACUGAGUCUGGACAGUAGAGUAGAGUACCAACCUGGACCUGACUGAGUCUGGACAGUAGAGAUAACAGCAGAUACAGUAGAGUAUCAACCUGGACCUGACUGAGUCUGGACAGUAGAG